AGUGAUGCGCUUUGGGACCACAAAAGCUUGUGUAGUCUAUAGUCCAACAGAGGGAACUGGUUUGAGCUUUGAGAUAUGGCAAAAGUGGCAGCCACAGCAAGUCAUCUUCUUCCCAAACUCUGCUUUUCGUCACCCCAUUACCUGCAACUAAAUCCAAGGAUAAAAUUCCCAACGACGUCGUUUAGAGGAUCUUCCCGUGUCCAAGCUUCCAACCCCGAACGAGAAGAACAAGAUUCCAGCAUGAACAACAAUAUCUCACCAUCGUUCAUCUCAGAGGAGGAUUUGAAGUAUUUGGUGAAAUUAGGAGGUGGGUCUGUUGUGGGUGCAGCUGUGAUAAAGUACGGAAGCAUAAUCUUGCCGGAGAUAACAAGACCCAACAUCAUACAGGCUCUGAUUAUGGUGUCGGCUCCGGUUGUUGUGGCUGUUUGGCUUUUGCUGAAGCAAAGUCGACAAGACUGAGGUAGGAAUGUGUCUAGUGUAUGGUAUUCAAUUGCAAAUCCCACUGUGAAGAGGAAAGUAAUGUGAUCCUUCCUGCUCAAUUGGGUUGUUCAAAAUGAAUAUUCAUGCAGCCAAUCGUCUGCAAAGAGUUGAAUUGAGCCUCCAUUGAAAACUUAAUGUAAAUUUUCUUUCUCACAAAUGAUGAAAUAGUGCUUUUAUGGCCUCUUCGAUUA